AUGUUAUUUCUUGAACGUGCUUUACGCCAAAGAUUUCUCCUGAAGCAGACCUGUGUCCUAGAUGUCGAUACUCUCGGACGCCGACUCCCUGACAAAAAAAUCCAGGGCACAGCUGUUGUCUGUGGCGGAAGUAUUGCAGGCCUGACCGCCGCCUGUGUGUGUCAUGAUCAUUUUGAAGAUGUCAUCAUCGUCGAGCCAGAGGCGUGGCUGAGCUCUUCGGAUGCCAAACGUACCGACGCAUGGAAUCAAGAAAACAAGCGCACAAGAAUUAUGCAAUACGAAUCAUUUCAUUUAUUACUUGCCAUUGGAUAUAUCUCCUUGGAAAGGUUGUUUCCCAACCUUGCAGACGAAUGUAAAUCGUCUUCCACCAGAAUAGGACCUAACUAUCCGCACCUCCACAUGUGGGGAAGCAAGGCUAUGACGCCCUACAAAGAAUACGGGGGUUGUCUAACCAAAACGCUCUACCUUGGUCGUUCAGGUCUUGAAACAUUUCUUCGUCGUAUCAUUCUCAGUGGGGACUACAAGGACGUUCGACAAGUCAUCGGAACAGUCGUUGGUGUCUCACGAGAUGUGUCCAAUCCUCACUUUAUCGACAAGGUAACAGUCCGUUCUCCGGAUGGAGACAUGACCGACAUCGGUGCCUCUCUCGUCGUUGGUCGGACUAGAUUUCGCUUUCAUAUCUGUUUCUUCUCUAAUCUGUUCCACCACAGAUUGGAGGGAUAUGGCAUCAGCGAUACAUAUGCAAAAAAUCAAUCACCCCUCGACAAACUGAAGAUCUCCUAUAACCAGAAAGUUCUUUACUCAACGCUCCAAUUGCAUGUCAACCCCGAGCUAGGGAGGAAGCUACCCGGACUCCCUGUCCCGUAUGAUAUAUGUGGGGUGAUAUAUAUGUUUAUCCCAGAUGCAACCAAGGAGAAACGAUGCAUAUUCAGUCAAAAGAUUGACGGUGAUUUCAUACAACUCUGUUUCAGCAUUACCGGUUCAAACGACAAUGAGCUACCAAAGACUCUGGAAGAAGCAAAAGCUUGGGCUCGAAGCCUCAUUACUGAGGUUCCAAUUCCAGAGGAGUGGUUUGCUAUGUUGGAUAUGUUGGAGGAGGUACAGGAUACUAUGGUGUGCAGCCAAGUCCGUUUUGCGCCAUCAACUUGGAUUAAAUAUGAGAAGGGAGUCAACCUACCAUCGAAUUGGAUCGCUUCUGGAGACAGCGUAAUGAGAGUCAAUCCUAAUUUUGGACAAGGACUCUCAAAAGCAAUCCAUGGUGCUAUCUGUCUGAAUAAGCUAAUGCAAACCGUCCCCGUCUCGCUGCCCAAGGAUUUUUCCAAGAAGUAUUUCCGGAUACACGCGGAUAAGAUUGAACCACUUUGGUGCGUACCCGUUAUUCUCUCUCAAUGUUCAAUUCGGAAAUUGAUCUACGGCGUCACAUUCAGGAAUACAACGAAAGUAUUCGAUUAUGCGUUCGCAACUACGGUGCCAGUUCCAGGGGAGACCCUCUCUGAAGGUGCCUGGCUUCGUUGGUAUAUGAAGAAGCUAACAGACCUCUCUUUCACUGAUGCCCAGGCAGGCUCAGCAUUGUGGCACUUUCGAGUGCUCCUCGCACCGCCAAUCUAUCUCUUUCAAUUGAGCCUCAUGUUCAAAGUAAUGUGGAACUUGAUUAGAGCCCCGCGUAGGUAG